UGAAUACAAAGAUUUUAGUGUGACUUACCAUAUAAAGACUAUAUCUUCAAUCAACUUGCCCUACAUACAAUUAUGCUCUCUCUCUCUCUCAUUGUACCAUCACUUUUUUUCCCAUAUAUUAUUUCUUGUUUCUCAACAUUGAGACACAAAUAACACAAACAAUGAACCACCACAACAUGAAGAAGGGUAGUAGUACCAGUCUCAAAUUGAAAAUCUUAUUGCUUGUACUACUUUGCCUAGCAUCAUGCAUUUUGUUCAUGUCCAUGACACAGCCAGACUAUUUCCGUGGCACCGAAUUCGAUGUUCGGAUCGUCAAUGGCUUCACCAACAACUCCUCUUUGCCGCUGGUGAUAUGGUGCUCCUCCAAAGACGGCGAAAUGGGCGGCCGUGCCCUCCAGGAGGGUGAUGAUUUUGGGUGGACCUUCAAGACUAAGUACUUCUGGGAUACUAGUAGUGUUUUCUCUUGCACCAUGAAAUGGGACCAGAAGAGGAAGAGUUUCAAUGCGCUUCAGGUUGGUCAUCAUUGGGAGAGGAAGUGCUUUUGGGUGGUGAAAGAGGAUGGGUUUUAUUUCAGUAAUGAUGAUCUUAAUUGGAAGAAACUUUUUUCAUGGUCAUAGUUUAUCAUAUAGCGACAAUCAACGUAUUAUGAUAUAAAUUAAUAUUUUUAUAUAUAUACAAAUAUAUGUUGUCUCUUACUGGUGAAUUUUGUUGCUUUUGAUUAUUUUUAUAUUCCAAGGAUAUCAAUUUUUCUUGGUUGUUAGAUUAUUUUUAUGUAGAUGUGCAAGAGAAAGAAAUCAAAGUUACUCUGUUCUUUCUAGAAGAAGAAAAAAAUGUAAUUUUAUAUGAAUUUUAUUACAUAUAAUAAUCUAUCAUGUAUUUAAGAUCAACU